AUGACAUCAAAACUUCUAGAUAGUAAUUUCGUGCUCGGAAAUGCUCAAGUGCCAUCACUGUAUCCGAUAGUGUACUGUUCAGACGGAUUCUGCGAACUCACUGGGUUUGCCCGGGCGCAAAUUAUGCAGAAGGGUUGCGCCUGUAAGUUUCUAUUUGGUCCGGAUACUAGUGACGACCACGUUACACAAAUUGAAAAGGCAUUAGAAUGCAAAGCUGAACUAAAACUGGAAUUGAUUUUCUACAAAAAAAAUGGAUCUCCAUUCUGGUGUUUGCUGGACAUUGUGCCGAUCAAAAAUGAAAAACGAGAAGUGGUGUUGUUCCUGGCUUCACAUAAAGACAUCACGCACACGAAAAUGGCAGAAAUGCACGUGGGCAUGGACUACGAUCCAGAGGAAGCCGAACCUGAAGAACCUGAACCAGCUAGUAACGCAUACGGACGGCGGAGAAGCAGAGCCGUACUUUACCAAUUGUCCGGACAUUACAAGAGUGAUAAACCAAAAACUGGCAAGCUGAAACUGAAUAACACGUUGUUGCAGGGAUCGUCCGCGCCGUUACCGGAAUAUAAAACGUCAGCCCUGAAAAAAUCUCGAUGGGUAUUAUCACACUACGGAGUUUUCAAAACGUGCUGGGAUUGGCUGAUACUGAUAGCCACGUUCUACGUCGCGAUCGUGGUACCGUACAACGCCAGUUUCGUCAACACAGACAAACCGUCAAUGGUCAGCGACGUGGUCGUCGAGUCGCUUUUUAUAGUCGAUAUAUUGUUCAAUUUCCGGACAACGUUCGUCAACAAAAAAGGUGAAGUGGUGUCGGAUUCCAAAACGAUCGCCUUCAAUUACUUGAAGAGCUGGUUCGUGGUAGAUUUAUUCGCAGCUUUGCCGUUCGACCUGUUGUACGCAUCGGACGUUUACAGCGGAGACGAAGCCGGUUCAGGACAAGUUCAUUUGUUAAAGCUGACCAGACUACUGAGGUUAGCGAGACUAUUGCAAAAGAUCGACAGGUAUUCGCAAUAUGGUGGCAUGAUUCUCACACUUUUGAUGCUCCUAUUCACAUUAGUUGCACAUUGGUUUGCGUGCAUAUGGUAUGUGAUUGCUGAAAGCGAACGCCACGAAAAAGGAAGAGAAUGGGAUCUAGGAUGGAUGAACACACUCGCCGAACGUCUGCACAAGGACGUGGGCAACGUGACACACUCUGAGGCGUACAUAACUUCGUUGUAUUUCACGUGUUCCAGUCUGACAAGCGUUGGGUUUGGUAAUGUGUCGGCGACUACUGGUGCGGAGAAAAUAUUCAGUAUCAUCACGAUGCUGAUUGGAGCGCUUAUGCACGCUGUGGUGUUUGGUAACGUGACAGCCAUCAUCCAGCGAAUGUACUCCCGGAGGUCGUUAUACCAGAGCAAGUGGCGGGACCUUAAGGACUUCCUGACACUGCAUCAGGUGCCCAGUGAGCUCAAGCACAGGAUGCAAGACUACUUUCAGACCAUGUGGUCACUGAACCACGGUAUCGAUAUUCACGAGACGCUGAAAGAGUUUCCGGAGGAGCUUAGGGGUGACGUUUCYAUGCACCUGCACCGGGAGAUACUGCAGCUGCCCAUUUUCGAGUCCGCGUCACAAGGCUGCCUGAAACUGUUAUCGUUGCACAUCCGCAGCAACUUUUGCGCACCUGGUGAAUAUCUCAUCCACAAAGGCGACGCGCUCACGUCCAUUUAUUACCUGUGCAACGGGUCMAUGGAAGUCGUCCAGAACGGCAUGGUCGUUGCCAUUUUAGGCAAAGGCGAUUUAGUUGGAUGUGAUAUUAGUAUGUGGCUGGGUCAAGGUAGCGGCUCAGGUAACACAGGCGUUGUCACCGGUGGAGGGACCACCGGCGGCGGAGCAGGAGGUGACACCGUAGUGAAGUCUAGUUGUGAUGUCAAAGCUCUAACUUAUUGCGACCUUAAGUGCAUUAAUGUGCUUGGGUUGGUAGAAGUUUUGCGGCUUUACCCCGAGUAUCAACAGGAGUUUGCAAAUGACAUACAACAUGACUUGACGUACAACAUACGUGAAGGAUACGAGGCCGAAGUACGCAUUGUAUCGAGAACGCUGCCUCGAAGUGAUAUCGAACACAGAAAAGUCAAUGUUGAUAGACUGGACACACAAGUUACUUCACUUCAUUAUCACGUCGCAACUUUAAGUCAAGAGGUGAAAAACGCCAUACAAGCGCUGCAGGAACUGGCGACGACCAGUUCGAAUGUCAGGUAUCCGUAUUCGUUGCCGGCCAGGUCAAACCCGGAUCUGCCGGAGAACGUCAAACGGCCGCAGAUGGCCAUCCUGCAAAGGAGCUCGUCCCACCCGCCCGAGGUAUUCGGCUGGGACGGAACGGUAUACGACAGCCCGGUGCAUCAGCCACACCACCCUUACGGCCUGCACCACCAUCAACACCAUCAAUAUCUCCAGCACCAGCACCACCUCCACCAUCCAUACCAGCAAUCGAAUCAACAAUGUCUGCCGUACCAGCAGCAGCAGCAGCAGCAGCAGCAUGCCGGUGGCGGUGCCGCUUACUCGCAUUCGUCGUCGUCACCGCAACCGCACCAGCAGCAGUUGCAGCAACAGCGGUAUUACCACAGGUCGUCGGUUGUCAGCUUGGUGGACGUGGCCGUGCAGACGGACGUUUCGGGCGUGGACGUGUUCGAGCGGUUCGUCAAGGCGCACCGGACGCUCGUGCUCGAGUGGCUCAACGAAAGUGACCACGUGGCCGUCACGGUGUACGACGAUGAGACCGUGGCCGGUGGCGGUGACGAGGGGCGACCACGGAACGAACAGUUUCCGUCUUCGUCAUCUUCCGCAGCGUCUUCGUGCUCUUCACCACCGCGGCAGACGCGAGAUCACCCUGACUCGUCUUCCGCGGCCGACACUCCUGUCGCCGCCGACGGGUUGCCUCUGGUCGACCGAGACGACUCUCCGCGGAAAUGGCACCCCGUGGCCAACCCCCUGGUGACCAAUAUCAGUGAAGACAUUAGUGGUGGUAGUGGUGGAGUAGACAGUGGAGGCGGUGAUGAGGACGACGGCAGUGGGGGUUGCAGUGGCCACGAAUCCAUCGAGAUGACGCACAUGACACCUGCCACAGCCGCCACGACGGCCACCUCUCCGACUGCCAACACAUCCGGUCCCAUCACGACCCUUAAGUUCCAUCCGUUCGUUUGACGAUGACAAGACUGAAUAAGACCAACACAAUAUACACACUCCCAUAUAGGUCGUAAUCUCACAUAACGCAAUACAUAAUAUAAUAACAUUGAAAUAUGUUGCCUAUUAUAUUGUUAUACGGGUACAUUAUCGUAAGGUGUCCGUGAGUUAUAAUUGAAUAUUUUCCAUUUUCGUAACGACGUUCUUCCGUUUGUUGCCACUGAAGUGUUCUCUAACGCGUAACUUCCGUGGCAGCGGAAUAAUUUCUAAUGAUAUUACGUCCUGGUUCCUAUUUUUAUCUCCAUACAUAUUAUAAUAUUAUUGUAAUUUAUCACACCUAGUAGGUAUUAGUGUGCAGUUACAGGGUGCUCUUUUCUUGUCGUCAAACAUUCCACGGCAAUCCUCGAAACCUAACGCGAGCCCAAUCUGACCCAUAUGACUCAAAUGUUAGAGUGAACCUUUCUCCGUAGACUUCUAAAAUGGUCAGGAUCGGCACACGUGAUAGGGGGGGGGGAGAAUUCGAAUGGUUAACGAUUUUACCUAGYUCUCAUACGCCUGUGUACGAUCAUUGUGGUUUUGGGAUGGGGUUUGCUUCGGUCUCGAGUGGUAUUCUUCGAUAUUUAUUUAUAAACAAAAGCCGUAAAAACAUGUAGCUAUAGGAGAAAAUCGGGUUGAGUGAUGUCGCCCGUAUGUCCAAACAAGAUAAUAAUUAAAUUAUAUUAUUAUUAUGCUGCACAGCGGUGUUAUUAGUGUCUACUUAUGUCUUAUAUUGUUAUUAUUAUAUCGUAUAAUAUAGUUAUGCGAAUGAGAAAAAAAGGUUUCCGAAUCGAUCCGUGUAAUCAGAUAUCCGGCCACACUACGGAAUAAUGGAAAGAGGACGAAAAAAACCGACACAAAACGAAUUAAAAUCCGGUAAAGGGUGAAGUGAUUUUAAUUGCACGUGGACAAAAAGUAGAUACGUACCCAUGCGAAGAAUAAACACCUCCGAGUUUAAGCCUUGGCUGYAUGCGUGUGGUACAAUAUUAUGCAUUAUAAAUUAAACAGAGCACGAGGAAUUUUAUUCUAGUGAUUUAUAAACCCCAUAGUGAUUUAUGUACACUUAAUUCUAGUUUUUUUUUAGUUUUUUUGCUUUGCCAGCCGUACAAUUUAGAAUCCGUUGUUUAAUCGUUGUUAUUAUUUGGUUUUUGUAUUCGUUUUUUAAAUUAAACACUCCAUGU